CCAAAGCCACCUAGAAAUGCAGUGUCGCCGGGGUUGAAACGACGAGCCAGCGAUGGAGAUACAUGUGAAGCAGUGCAAGCAGCGCAACAAACGACGGGAGCGGGCCCAACGUAUGAUCGCCGAACGGGACAAGGAUGCGGCCGCGGACGGUACCGGCAACCGGGAUCCGGACGACAGUGCGGACGACGACAGUGGGCCGGUCAGUCGGGAGAAGCCGCACCGGCCACCCGUACGGCGGAAGCGCAAGGAGAAGGAACCGUCGCCCGUACUCGAGGAGGACAUUAUCGAUGGGUACGCGAUACUCGCGUUCAAGACGUACGAGGAUAUUGAGUUUGCGAUAAAGGUUGCCAACAAGCGCAAUGAGAAGCGAUUGUCAUCGAUCGUAGAACUGACAACUGUGAUGGUGCCGGAGGAGAAGCCACCGAAGAUAAUCGACACCACGCCGUCGAAGCUGGCGGACAAAUCUCUCGGCGGCGGUGUGCCGGUGGUGCCGAACAAGAACAACAACAGCAUCAAUAGUAGUGAGAACCAUUCCGCAACGGUCACCACUGGUGGGGGUGCCACCCCCGGCACGGUGGGUGCGGGCGGUGUCGUUGGCAGCGCAAACGGUGGCGACUGGUCGCCAGUGAACAGUACCCAUCAUCAGCUACAUCACCUGCAGCAGCAGCAACACCAUCUACACCACGGUGUAGUCGGACCACCGGGAGUUGGUGCGGUCGGUGGAGGGCCCACGGCAGACCGUACACCGAACGGUGAAGGCAUCAUGCUGCACAGCUCCAGCCCAACCGGCAACAGUGCGGUUGGUGGUAGUGGUGGCGUCGCUGGACCACGCGGCACCGGUAGCGAUAUGGGUUUGAUGCCGGCAAACGGUGGCACUCCCGGUGCGGGGGCGAAUCAUCACAAUCACCUCCACAACAGCCACGGUCACCAUAAUCAUGGGCUCCACAACCACAACCACCUGCAUCCGCAUCACCACAGCAGUCGGAACCAGCAACAGCACCAGCAGCAGCAGCAACAACAUUCGCCCCAACAGCAACAGCAGCAACCAUUCGCAUCGGUACACCACCAUGCCCAUCACAACCAUCAUGUGGUUAGCAAUGGGGGUAGUGUGUUGCCACCCGGCGCAACGGCAUCCGGUGGUGUGGAGGUGGGGGUGGGCGGCAGUAACGCUAGUACUACCGGCACUAGCGCCACCAACGGUGUUAACGGUGAUACGGGCACGACCGGCACGAUGCCCGCCGGCAAUGGGCAGACAAAUAGCGUGAACGUAACGCCCGGUAGUAACGCCAACAAUCGGAGUAGCAAUAGUAAUAACAGUAGCAACAGCAGUAGCAGUAGCAGCGGCAGCAGCGGUAACAGUACCAGCAGCAGCGUGCGGCUCGCCAGCAGCAACAAUCGAGCCAGCAGCGGCAGCAGUGUGCCGGCCGGUGCGAGCAGUAGCAUCAGUAUGAACAGCAGUAGCAAAAACCACAGCAACAGCAACUGUUCACUCAACAAUCUCAGCAUUGCCACCCUCAUUGCGAAUGGUCCGCCGCGUCGGAAUGUGAACGGUAGUGCUGCGAACGGUGCGGUCGGUCCGACCGGCAACAGCACGAACGGUAUCGGUGGGAGCAACAGAAGCAGUAGCAACAACAGCAGUGCUGCCAGCAAUACUGGCAGCAGUACCGGCGGCACCACUACCAUGAAUACACAUCAUCCAAACCACCAUCAACUUCAUCACCCGCAUCAUCAUCAUCAGCAGCAACAGCAGCAGCAGCAGCAGCAGCAGCAACAGCAGCAAAGCCACCAUCUUCAUCAUCAACAACAACAGCAACAGCAGUCGCCUCAUCUUCAACAUCAUCCGCACCAUCAACAGCACCAUCAACAUAAUCAUCAUUUAUCAGCGGUACAUAAUCUUUCUCUAUCUUCGAUCAUCGAUCCGGGCACCUCCGACGACAGUGGGCGCGCCUCGGAGCGACUGACGACGUCCUCUGUGGCCCAGCGGGAUCCGGACAGUUCGCGAGACCGGCUCAGCGAUGCAAGCAGUCGCUGCAGCUCCGGUAAAGGGUAUAUCUGUGAUAGCGAAGGAGACGAUGACAAGGUAUCGAAUGGACCAUUGGGUGCGCAUUUGACACCGAUCGUUGGUGGUGGCCACCAGGCAGCGGCGUCUCCACAGCAGCAACAGCAACAUCAAGGAUCGCAACAGCAACCACCACAGCCGUCCGCCUCGCCACAGACGGCCGGCAUAAGCAAUAAGCCGCUGUUGCCAACCGCCUCUGCCAAGAUUCCGGCCGCCGGUGUCCUGCUGCUCAGCACAACGGCGGCCGCCACCUCCGUAACGACAGCAAUAUCAACGACGCAGAAGCAGCAGACGCCGCUGGUAAGCAGCUCACCGCAAUCUCCGGCCCAGCCGUCGUUGUCGGUUUCAUCACCGGCGGGCAGCAACCAGGCACCAUCAACACCGAUACAAUCUCAACCCCCCUUAUCGCCCCAGCAGCAACAGCAGUCGCAGCAAGCGCAGCAGCAGCAGACGACGACAUCCACCGCCAGCGGUGGUGGAUCGUUGAAAUCAGUAUUUCUCGGAGUGAACGCCGGACCGAAUGGUGGCGCUGGUAACACCACCAAUACGCUUAUGUCACCGGCGGCUGCCGUUGGUGCGGCUACCAAUUUCUCGAAUAGUUUAGGGCCGGGCGGCCCAGGUUCGGUCGCCCCCAACAGUCAUCAUCUGAGCGGGAGUUUGGCGGGCGUGGUCGGCCCAAAUGCUGCCGGUGUUGGUGUAGGCAGCAGUGCGAGCAGUAACGGUAGCGCGGCACCAUCCUCGCUGCCCCUCUCCGUACCGCACACACCGCCAGCAGCCACACCUGCAACGGCCGCCGGUCAAACGGGAGCAGUACAUCCACCGCUCGAAAGUACCACUGUCGCGUCCUCGUCCUCCUCCUCUUCCUCCUCUUCCUCCUCGUCUGCGGCGGCGGCUGCAGCAGCGGUAGCAGCUGCUUCGGCGGGCGGCUUACGUACCAACAGCCCAGCUGUGCCCGGUGCCGGCCCCGUGCCAUCGACAUUAUCGGCAACGGUCGGCGGCCCAACCACUGCCUCCCUACUCAACGGCAAUCAUGCGGCGGCGGUCGUGGCGGCAGCCGCCGCAGCCGCCCAUCCUUCCAUGAUGAUGGCGAACGGACUCGGAAGUUUGCCGCCGGCCUACCGGGCUUAUCCCGGCUACCCGAUCUACUCACCGUACGGCAGUUUUCAGCACAAUCCUUACCUACCACCGUCGGUCACCUCGCCAAAUCUGUCCCCGCGGUUACAUCCGGCACUCACGCCCAUGCCUCACACGCUCAUGGGUCUCGGGCUGAUGGAUGCCCGGUUACAGCCACCACUGGGUGCGGGCCCCACCAGCAACGGUACUGCCGGCCGUCCAUCGGACCGCGAUCCCUCGCCACUGAUAGCAGCCGCCCAGCAACAACAGCAGGCAGCUGCAGCGAUAGCCGCCGCAGCAGCAGCAGCAUCCCAGCAGAAGGUGCGGCCGAUCACACCGAACACGAACUCGAGCUCGAGCAACAGUUCGUCCUCGUCGGCAUCCUCCUCUUCCGCAUCGUCCGCGGCCAGCAGUAGUACGUCUUCCGUCACGAUCGUCUCGAGUACGGCACCGUCGGCCGGCGCCGGCGCUGCGACCACUACCGACUCGUCACUUCCUCCGCAUUCCUCCCAGCACUCGCAUCCACCAGUACCGCACCCGGGAAUGCAUCUUGGCGGUGGCCCACCUGGGAGUGGUGGCGGAUCAGUUGUACCACCUCCACCACCUCCCCACCAUCAUCUACUGCCACCGACGCAUCCGGGUGCCGGUGGACCGGGCAUGUCACCGCUGCUCGUUGGCCACCAUCAUCAUCCGUUAGUGGUCGGCGGACCACCACCACCACCACCGGGACUUAUACCACCCGUUGGUCCUCCUUCGCAUCUGCACGGCAGCAGUGGUGGCGGGGUAAACAGUAUUAGUGGGCACCCGCAACCGCCCUCUAGCAGCAGUAACAAUAACAGUGGCAGCAACGGUAGCAGCAGCAGUAGUAGCAGUGGUAGCAGUGGCAACAUUAUUGUCUCUUCGCGUCCUCACUCGCCUCGGGGUCACAGUCCGAACAGGGAAAGAGAUAGCUAUAGUAGUAACGUAAGUAGUUUAUCACGCUCUACACCCGGCUCCACGACGAUACCUCCGUACAGUGGCGUGGGCGGACCUGCGACGAGUAUUGCGGGUGGUCCUUCGCCAGCGUUGCCCGGUGCGUUCGGUGGCGGCGGCGGUACCGGAGGGCCCCAUUCGGCUGCCCUCGGCCCGUCUUCGGUGGCCAUAUCGGUCGUCUCUUCUAGUCUCACUUAUCCUAAAACUACACUGGCGAUCGGAGGCAGCAUCAUGUCUUCCUCCUCCUCCUCCUCGUCCACCUCCUCCUCGACGGUGCCGUCGGGUAGUGGGGGCGGUGCAGGAGGGCCGGGUGUGCCUCCGGGAUGGCCCUCGGGUGUAGCCGGUCCCGGGCAACCUCCCACCGUCGUAUCGAUAGCAUCCCACUCGAACUCGCCCGCAACAGCGUCCGUUGGUGUACAUAACAACAGUUCGUCCUCGUCUUCCUCGUCUACGGUCGGGUCCCAUCACCACCAUCAUCACCAUAUGCAGCAGUCGCAGCAGGUGCAACACCAUCAUCAUACGCGUCCAACACCUCCACCAACGAGCGAUCGGGGCGGAACAUCUUCCUCCGGCUCGAUUGCCGUGUCGUCGCCAUCUUCGUUUUCGUCGGCACCACUGUUCGCCACACCGAUUCCACCACCAACAAGCGUUUCCCUGUCCAGCCCUGCUGGCGGUGGUCUGUCCGGGGCGAAUGUUUCCGUCUCAUCCGCAUCCGCUGCGGGACCACCACCUCCACCGCCUGCCGCUACCCAUCCACAUCCAUUCUCGGCCGAAUCGCUCUUCUCCACGAAAGCGUCUGACCAAGCUGACAUGUUACGGCGUGAGCUAGACAACCGGUUUCUGGACCGCAGUGGGUUAACGGGGGUACCAACGGGACCUCCCUAUCUACGCCAGGAACUGCACCACCAUCAACACCAGCAUACGCAUUUGCAUCAGCACCAACAUCAACCGAUGCUGCCCGGUGCGGCCGGUGGUGCACCCGCCAUCUUUCCGCCACCCCUAUUCAAGGACGUGCCUAAAAUCGGUGCCGUCGAUUCGCCCUUCUACCGGACGGGGAUUGGGAUGCCGGCCUAUCCGGCGUAUCCGCCCGGUUUGUUGCAUCCCGGGCUGAGCGGACCGACGCAGUUUGUGCCACCGAGUCAUCUACAAUCGUUCGUGCCGAAGCAACAGACGCCACCGGUCGAUCCUAACAAAAAGAAAACUGGAAAGUGGAACGCAAUGCAUGUGCGUAUCGCAUGGGAAAUUUACCAUCAUCAGACGAAACAGAACCCGGACAAGGCGGCCUCCAUGAAGACGGCGUCGGAGAUGCUGCGACCACCGUCGCACAUGUAUCCACCGUCGGCGGCGGCUGCUGCUGCGGCCGGGCUCGUACGUCCGCACGAUCUGCCAUCGUCCACGUUCCCACCAGGAGGCCUUCCCGGGCGACCGGGUCCAUACGAGUCGACACCGUUGCCGCCCAGCUUCAUGAGCUCCCCGGCUAGUCACAUAGGUGUUUCACCAUUUGGGCGGUAUGCCUCGCCGUACGGUGGUUCACCGUUCAGCGGCCUAUCACCAUUCUCGCGGGACAUUCCGAUGGGAUCACAGAUCCCGGGCUCGCUACACGAUCCUUGGCGCAAUGCGUUACCGCGUAGCGUUAGUAGCUUUCCACCUGGACCCCAACCGGCCGGUGGAUCGUGGCCACCGAUUAAGCAAGAUCCGGGCCUAGCAGCGGAAACGGCACGCCGCGAGGCGGAAGAGCGCGAACGGCAACGGGAGCGCGAAGAGCGGGAACGCGAACGGCAGCGGCGUGAGCGUGAAGAACGCGAAAAGCAACGCGAACGUGAACGCGAGGAAAAGCUGCGCAAGGAGCAACAGGAGCGCGAACGGGAACGGGAACGCGAACGGGAGCGGGAACGCAAGGAGAAAGAGCGACGCGACAUGGAGCGGCGCGAGAUGGAACGGGAACGGAUGUUGCAUCAGCAGCAGCGCGAAUCGAAGGCUGCCGCAGCGGCGGCCGCCGCUGCCGCAGCAGUGGCCUCCAUUAAUCGGGACCGUUCGCCACUCCGCAACGGAACCGAGCUCGACAUCCGGAUCAAGGAAGAACCACGGAAGGACGAUGAGCUGCUGAUGCGAAGUCAUGCGGCGGCGGCAGCUGCUGCCGCUGCCAGCGAUCCACGCUACCAUCCAUCGAUGAUGCCCCACCCGUACAUGACCGGUCGGCAUCCGGCCGCCCACAUGCUACCGGGUGGUCAUCUGUCCCGCUCAAUGUUGCCACCGUCGAUGGGGCUUCCGACGCACUUCUCGCCGCAUGGUUCCUGGGGUCCGGAUCCAUUCCGAGACUAUCGGCUCGAUCCGCUGCACCAUCCGCUACGCUACAAUCCGCUAAUGGACGCGUACCGGGCGGAGGAAGCGAAGGCAUCGCUACUGUACGCCGCCCAAACGGCAGUGCACUUCCGUGGGAAGGAACCGAGCCCGGUGCCACCGCCGCAACAGCAGCAACCACCACAGCAGCAGCCACCUCCGCCCCACCACCGACAUCCGCCCGGUGGUGGACCACCCGGUAGUGUUGGAGGUGGAGGUGGGGGAGGAGGUGGAGGACCACCAGGACAUCCGCCCGGAUCCGGUACACCCGGUGCAACGGGUGGACCGCCCGGUUCACUGAAAUCGCACGGUUCUUCCUCCACACCGACGAACGGACCAGGUGUAAUGGGGGGCGGCGGUGUUGGUACGCCCGGAGGUGGUGGGCCGGGAGGUACGGGACCACCACCGUCCUCCGCCGGUAUGCCACCAUCGUCCGGACCGAACUCACUGCCCACAUCGCUCGAUAUGCACAAAAAGGAGGAUACCUGCCAGUCCCGAUGAUAGUCGGUGGGUGGCGGCUCGUUGGUAGCAGUCGGUGGCAACGGUAGCCCCCAUCCUUCAGCCGUAACGACACCAUUGAUCGUAAUCGUGGACGAUGA